AUGGAAAUCAAGACUUUCCCGAGUGCGAAUGUGAAGAAUAAGAUUCAGCGCCGGCAGCAGACCAAUGUGGUGGUUGUGGGAGGUGGACUUUCUUCAGCGCAGAUCGUCGAUAUGGCUAUUCGGAAGGGAGUGACCAAGGUGUGGUUUUUGAUGCGUUCUGAUAUGAAGGUCAAACAUUUCGACAUCAGCCUACCCUGGAUGGGGAAAUAUAAGAAUUGGGAAAAAGCAGCGUUCUGGUCUGCUGACACUGAUGAAGAGCGACUAGAAAUGAUCAAGGUGGCCCGAAAUGGUGGUAGUAUCACACCCCGCUACACCCGGAUCGUGAAGCAGCAUGCCGCGCAUCACCGCGCGUCGAUCCAUCCGCGUACGGUAAUUAGCUCGCAUAAGUUUAAUGCAGAGACGCAGACCUGGAGCUUGGUUACCGACCCACCGAUCCCAGACUUACCCCCGAUCGACUACAUCUAUUUUGCAACAGGGGCGGGCGCCGAUAUCCGGCAAAUGUCCCUCCUGGGCGAUAUGAAUGCCCAAUACCCGAUUGAAGUUAAAGAGGGACUGCCCUGUUUGACGGAUGAUCUCAUGUGGCGAGAAGACGUACCUUUGUUCAUGACGGGAAGAAUGGCAGCGCUCCGAUUAGGGCCCGGAGCUCCGAAUCUCGAAGGCGCGAGACUUGGUGCGGAGCGGAUCGCCUGGGGCCUGGAGGAGAUUCUGAAGAAGAAGCAAGAGGUUGGGGAACAGUGCGAGGGGUUCUGUGGGCUGGGUAAUCGGUAUGCCUCACUGGUUGGUGAUGACAGCACGGAGCAGUAA